UAAAUUUAGCUCAAAGAGCAAUGUUUACUCUCACAUAAUCCCAAGGGCAAAUUAAACUUGAUUUAAUUUCUCAUAUUGUUGAUUCUCAAUGGCUUUCCACUCACAUUAUAACAUAUUUUGCUUCUUUAUUUUGUUUUCCUUUUUGGCUAUGACCUCUGCUCAACUAUCUUCAGAUUUCUAUGGAACAACUUGUCCCAAAGCUCUUUCUAUCAUAAACUCUGCAGUGUGUAGUGCAGUUUCUAAAGAGCAACGCAUGGGCGCUUCGUUGCUCCGUCUUCAUUUUCAUGAUUGUUUUGUCAAUGGAUGUGAUGCAUCAGUCCUAUUAGAUGACACUUCGAGCUUCACCGGAGAGAAGUCAGCCGGUGCAAAUGUGAAUUCUCUAAGAGGUUUUGAAGUGAUUGAUGACAUUAAAACUCAGUUGGAGACUGCUUGUCCUGGAAUUGUUUCUUGUGCAGAUAUUGUUGCUGUUGCUGCUCGUGAUUCUGUUAAAGCAUUGGGUGGUCCAUCAUGGAGUGUUGGGUUAGGCAGAAGAGAUUCAACAACUGCAAGUAAAGAUGCUGCCACUAAUGAUAUUCCAUCUCCUUUAAUGGAUCUUAGUGACCUCAUAUCUGCUUUUUCAAAUAAGGGAUUUACUACCAAUGAGAUGGUAGUCCUUUCGGGAGCACAUACAACAGGACAAGCAAGGUGCCAAUUAUUCAGAGGCAGGAUUUACAAUGAAACAACCAUUGAUUCAAAUUUUGCAACCUCAGUGAAAUCAAACUGUCCAAGCACUGGUGGUGAUAGCAACCUUACCUCACUUGAUGUCACAACCAAUGUUUUAUUUGACAAUGCUUAUUUCAAGAAUCUAGUAAACAAAAAAGGACUUCUACAUUCUGAUCAACAGCUUUUCAGUGGUGGUUCUACUGACUCUCAAGUCACUACCUAUAGCACAAGUCCUUCAACUUUCAAUGCAGAUUUUGCUAGUGCUAUGGUGAAAAUGGGAAACCUUAGUCCUUUAACAGGGAAUAAUGGUCAGAUUAGGACUAAUUGCCACAAAGUUAACUAAAUUGUGGAAAAAUAUGAUGAGUAAAUAAUCAUGUUUGUCUUGUCACAAACUUUCAAGUAACAUGAAAUUGAAAAAUAUGAUAUGAUGAGCAAAAAUGCAUGCUUGAGUGGUUAGAGUUUUUAAUGUAAUAUGGUGUUAUGUUACCUAGGAUGUGUCUAGUUUGAUGAUUUUCUGAAUCUGAAUUGUAAGGUGUGGUGGUGAGUCAAAGUUGUUAUAGUUCUCACUUCUCAAUAAGUUUGUCAAUUGGAUAGUUAAGUAGUGUGAUAUUGUUCUUCCACAAAAAAGUACUGUGGAAUAUAUUCCUGUUUUAAUGGUUAUUAUAUGCCAAUGUCAAUGAUACCUUAUUGUUUUCAAUCAAAUGUGAAACUAGAGGAGUCAUUUUCUCUAUUCA